AAGGUAAUCUUUUUUUUUUCUCUAUAUUUAUCCCAUUCAUAUAUUAUGUGAUUCAUUAAAUUAUUUAAGUCAUCAUUGAGUAUUUUUUCUUCUGAAUCAAUUGUCAACAUUUAAUUCAAAUAUGAAGAUAUUAGAUUUUUUUUUCUCAUAAUUUAGAUUUUUUUGUUAUUAUGACAGCCAAUUGGACAACGUUAUCAUGUUAAGAUUAUUUAUUUAUUUAUUUCCUUCCUCAUCCGAAAAGAAUACUCUUUUCCAUGCGCGAGGCUGACGCUAGGCCGUCAAGUGAUGGAAUCGUCCCUCUCCCUCCACGAAAAAUUCUGCUGUAUUAUGGGAGUGCCACUGACAUAGUAUUUUCGACCAAUCACAACCGGUCGAAAUCUGGCCACCAUCCAUCCACCUUGAGUGUGGAUUCACAGAUUGAAUGGGAAUCCUAUAUCCAGGAGAUUGAAAGCUAUUUCCAACACUUGUCGUCAUUGAAUUUGGAUGAGGAAAAAUUGGAGGAAAGGAGUGACAUUGUCAAAACUAGCCCAAUUCAGGAAGAUGUGUCCGGCAACCCAGCCUUGAACAUACACAAUUUGGCGGAGAGACAAGAAUAUCUGAGAAGUAGAAUCAAUGAAGCUGAAGAGAUGAUUCAGAUGAAGAAGAAAGAGGCAAAGGAGAAUGCUGACAGACGUUCUAAAGCUGAAUGGGCUGCUUCUCUAUGCACUAAUCGGGCUGCAGAUUUGGAAGCCCGGACGAAGGAAGAGAUCGGAAAGCAAUCGGAGAUACAGAAGAGCUUGGAUUCGGAGAAGGAACAGCUUUAUGAACUGAGAAAGGAUGUGGAAGAGAGCAAGAGCAGGUUGAGAUCGUUGACUAAACUCGAAUAUGAGUUAUCAAGCAAGUUACAGGCGCAGGGGGAGGUGCGGUUGGAGAAGGCGGUGAGGACAAGAAUGGAGACGAUUGGGGAAAUUGAGGAGCUACGGCGAUAGAGAGAUGUUUUCCAGAGGAGAAUCGAGUUCUGCAGAGAGAAGGACGCGAUCGAGACGGUUUCGAAGAUGAAUAAAGUGAGAUGCGUUUAUGGAGAGUACACGACUUCUCCUUCAAUGGAGAUUCGUUCGGUUGGUGGGUGGAGUAAAGUUGUUGUCAUGCC